UUCAAAAAUUUGAAAUUGCACAUGACAUGGCAGAAAGUUGUUCGAAAUGUAAAGUUCAUUGGUAGAUAUCUUUCAUACCAUAAUAAUACUUUGCGAGUAAUUAUUCCAAGUUUUGUUGGAGGCUUUUUUUUGGGGGCAAAUACAAAUUUUAAAAUGCCUCAGUGUGCUGUAAAUCUCAAACGUAUUAUAACUCCUGUCGCAGUUGCCAUGGAAAAAGAUGAAAAUAUUAAACGUAACAGCUUUAAUUUUAUUGCAGAUGCAGUAGAUAUUGCAGCUCCAAGUGUAGUUCGUAUUGAAGUUGUGGGAAAACAUUGGAAUGGUCAAAUUAGUAGUGUAGGUUCAGGAUUUUUUGUUACAGAAGACGGAAUAGUUUUAUCGAAUGCACAUGUUGUUAAAAAUGCAUCAUUAAAAGGUUCUCCGACAGUAAAAAUUCACCUUUCUACUGGUGAAACAUAUAAUGGUGUAAUUAUUGAUGUUGAUCCAGUAUCAGACCUUGCAGCAAUUAAAUUGGUAAAUGAAAAACAGAAAAAAUUUCCUUAUCUCAAACUUGGUGGUUCUGUUAGGGCAGGAGAAUGGGUUGCAGCUUUGGGAAGCCCUCUUCAACUUAGUAACACAGUUACAGCAGGUAUUGUUAGUUCAUUGCAUCGUCCUGGUGGAGAGUUAGGGCUCUAUAAUCAAGAUAUGGGUUAUAUACAAACAGAUGCAGCCAUUAAUGUUGGAAAUUCUGGCGGUCCUCUCAUCAAUUUGGAGGGAGAGGUAAUUGGAAUUAAUUGUUUCACAGUACAACAAGCUGCAGGUAUCUCUUUUGCAAUUCCAGCAAACGUGGUAAAAGAGUUUCUUAAAGAAGCAUUGAACAAAGACUCCUCGAAUACAAUGAAAAAAAAGUUUUACAUUGGGAUAUCAAUGUUGAGUCUUUCACCUGACAUACUUUUGGCUUUGCAACAAAGAAACCCAGAAUUUAACUCUCUUAAAGGAGGAGUCUUAGUUGCUCGAAUUAAUUCAGGGUCUCCUUCUGAAAGGAGUGGUUUGUUAAUUGGCGAUGUCAUUUUAUCAAUUAAUGGAAAACCUGUCAAGUCUUCUAGAGAUGUUUAUAAUGAAGUGUGCCGAGGUGCAAAUCUUGUCAUGCAAAUUCAGAGAAAAUCUCAAACUUUAUCCAUUAACGUUUCCCCAGAAAUAUCUAGUAAUCUAUAGUAAUUUUAUAUGCGUGAAACUUUUUUUGAUCUGACAAGAAAGUUUUUUUUGAUAUUAUGCUAUAAUUGUUUUA